UUGUUUACAUUGCCAAAAAUGGUGAAGCUAUUAUACCAAAUUCAUCUCUUAUCUUGUCAUCAAUAAUUACAUUAAGGAUUAACGUCAUGAUCAAAGAUUAAAGCGCUUUAUAUACACCUAUCCACAUACUUUCAUCUAUCCUGAACCAAACUUUUCUUGAUUCUUAGAACUUGGAACUAUCAAUUAUAGGUUAUGGAGUUGGACAAGCUUCUAGCCAUGCCAGCACUAUUAGCACUCCUCCUCCUCUAUCUUCAUUUCAUGAGAAGGAAGAUUCGGAAUGGGAUUCAGAAUCUUCCUCCAGGAAGCUCAGGAUGGCCAAUUGUUGGAGAAACCUUCAAGUUUAUCAGCGCGGCUCGUGAGGGAACCCCGGUGAGGUUCAUACAAGAGAGAAUGGAGAGGUAUGAUUCAAGGGUGUUCAAGACUUCGUUUCUUGGAGAUCCUAUGGCAGUGUUUUGCGGCACGGCGGGGAACAAGUUCUUGUUUAGCAAUGAGAACAAGAAUGUGCAAGUAUGGUGGCCAAGCUCUAUAAAGAAGCUGCUAAGGUCUUCUUUGGUUAAUAAGGUCGGUGAUGAAGCAAAGAUGACUAGAAGGUUGCUCUUGACCUUUCUCAAUCCUGAAAUUCUCAGAAAUUUCGUGCCUAAAAUGGAUACCAUUGCUCAAAUCCACAUUAACACUCAUUGGCAAGGAAAGGAACAGGUGGUUGUUCAUUCCACAGUCCAGAAAUACACUUAUGCUUUGGCUUGUUCCUUGUUUCUGAGCAUUGAAGAUCCUCUCCACGAUUCAAAGUUUUCGUCGAGAUUUCACCGAUUCUUAAAAGGCUUGGUUGGCUUCUCCAUCAACUUGCCCGGAACAAGAUUUCACCAAGCAAUGAAAGCUGCCAACGAAAUAAGGGAAGAAAUAAAAAAGAUCAUAAAGCAAAGAAAAGUGGAUUUGGAAGAGAAAAGAGCGUCACCAAGCCAAGACAUUCUCUCACAUUUGCUUGCAACACCUGACUCCAAUGGAAGGUUUCUAACUGAAAUCGAGAUCAUGGAUAACAUACUCCUCCUCCUUUUCGCCGGCCACGAUACUUCUAGAUCCACUCUGUCAUCUCUCAUGAGGUACCUGGCGCAGCUUCCUCAUGUUUAUAACAAGGUUUUGGCAGAACAAGUUGAAAUUAGCAGAGCAAAAGGGGAAGGGGAAUCCCUGCAAUGGGAGGAUGUUCAGAAAAUGAAGUAUUCUUGGAAUGUUGCAUCUGAAGUCUUGAGACUAUCUCCACCGGUCACCGGUGCUUACAGAGAAGCCUUAAGGGAUUUUAGCUAUGCUGACUAUACCAUUGGAAAGGGCUGGAAGUUGCAUUGGACAACCUGCUCUUCACACGUGGAUCCCAGGCUCUUCGCGAAUCCCGAGGCUUUCGACGCGUCGAGGUUUGAAGGGGCAGGCCCUGCGCCGUAUUCGUAUGUUCCGUUUGGUGGAGGGCCUAGAAUGUGUUUGGGGCUAGAGUUUGCAAGGCUAGAGAUACUUGUGUUCAUGCAUCAUAUUGUGAAACAGUUCAAAUGGGAUUUGGUUAAUCCUAAUGAGAAGUUCAAGUAUGAUCCCAUGCUUGAACCUGUAGAUGGACUUCCGGUUCUGCUUCACCGUCACCAUUGAUUAAUACAUUAUUAGAAGCUUUCUUUUGAAAUUUGUUAUAACAUUAUGAUAUUAGAUUUGACUUUUCGUAGUGUUUAAAGGGUUAUAAUGUCAUUUGAUCCCUUUAAAAAAUGAUUGUUUUGGAGAUUGAGACAUUCGCGUGCCAAAAGUGGUUUACUAUGUUAUUAAAUUGUUAUCAGUUAGGUUGUUUAUA